AUGUCCCCCAUCGCCACCUCCGCUGCUCUCAUGGUCCGUGCCUCUGCCACCCCCCUUCGCGCCGCCGCCAUUCGCCAGUACUCUGCCGCCGCAGGCGAGCCAUCUGCCGCCCCUGCUGCCUUGCACUCAACCAAGAAGCUUGCCAUUGCUUCGGGAGUCGCGUUUGUCGCUGGUGUCGACCUCACCUACGCCUACUUCACCCUUGGCCAGAAGAAGGAGGCCACGGUCUAA